CUCUCUCUAUUUCUAUGCCUUGCUGUUUCUUCACUUUUUUCUAUCUAGACCUCACCGUACCAUUCUCCAUCACUGUGAUACCAAAAAGCAACAAACCCCUUUCGCUUUUUCUCCUCAAAAUUCCAAUCUUUAGAACCUUACCAGCAAAAUUCCCACCUUUCAAUCUCACCUCCCAUGAACCCUUCAAGGGUGAAGUAUUCAGGUGAACCAGAUCUGAGGUUCUGAAUGAUUUUGGGAGUUUUGGGGUUAUCCUUCAUGAGGUUCUUUUUAAACCUUAAGUUAGAAUUAGGGUAAAACAAACUUAGAUUGUGUUGUAUAUGAAGUUUCUUGAGUAUUAGUGUAGUUUUGAGUUGCUUCUCAGUGUUUAGGUGAUUUGUUUUUAUCUGUUGGACAUUUGGCUUGAUUGUGGUGGAGAAGUAGAAAGGUUUCGAAAAUGCAGAGACCACCUCAAGAAGAUUUUUCACUUAAGGAGACCAAACCCCACCUUGGUGGAGGAAGGGUCACGGGUGAUAAGCUUACGAGCACCUAUGACUUGGUUGAGCAAAUGCAGUAUCUUUAUGUCCGGGUGGUGAAAGCAAAGGAUUUACCGGGGAAGGAUGCUACAGGUAGUCUUGAUCCUUAUGUUGAGGUUAGGCUUGGAAACUAUAAGGGUACAACUCAUCAUUUUGAGAAGAAAUCGAAUCCUGAAUGGAAUCAGGUGUUUGCUUUUUCCAAGGAAAGGAUUCAGGCUUCCGUGCUUGAGGUGAACGUGAAAGAUAAAGAUUUUAUGAAGGAUGAUUUUGUUGGUCGCGUUAUGUUUGAUUUGAAUGAGAUCCCAAAAAGGGUCCCCCCAGAUAGUCCUCUUGCUCCACAGUGGUAUAGGUUGGAGGAAAGAAGUGGUAACAAAGUUAGAGGAGAGUUGAUGUUGGCUGUUUGGAUGGGUACUCAAGCUGAUGAAGCCUUUCCAGAAUCUUGGCAUUCGGAUGCGGCCACUGUUAGUGGUGCUGAUGCUCUUGCGAAUAUAAGGUCUAAGGUGUAUCUCUCACCAAAGCUGUGGUAUCUUAGAGUUAAUGUGAUUGAAGCUCAGGACUUGAUUCCCGGUGACAGAAGUAGGUUUCCAGAAGUUUACGUGAAGGCCAUCCUCGGAAAUCAGGCAUUGAGAACCAGAGUUUCCAUGAGUAAGACUAUUAAUCCCAUGUGGAAUGAGGAUCUGAUGUUUGUAGCAGCAGAACCAUUUGAGGAGCCAUUAAUUUUGAGUGUGGAAGAUAGAAUUGCACCAAACAAGGAUGAAGUUCUUGGAAUAUGUGUUGUUCCUUUGCAGCAUAUUGAUAGGAGGUUGGACCACAGACCUAUUAACAGUAAGUGGCAUAAUCUUGAAAAGCACAUGAUUGUUGAGGGAGAAAAGAAGAAGGAAAUCAAGUUUGCAAGCAGGAUUCACUUGAGGCUAUAUUUGGAAGGAGGGUACCAUGUGCUGGAUGAAUCAACACACUACAGCAGUGAUCUUAGACCAACUGCGAAGCAGUUGUGGAAGUACAGCAUAGGUGUCCUAGAAUUGGGUAUUCUGAAUGCUCAUGGCCUUUCACCGAUGAAAGCCAAGGAUAAUCGGGCAACGACAGAUGCCUAUUGUGUUGCCAAAUAUGGGCAGAAGUGGGUCCGAACGAGGACCAUUAUAGAUAGCUUUGCUCCCAAGUGGAAUGAGCAAUACACUUGGGAAGUAUUUGAUCCCUGCACUGUCAUAACUAUUGGUGUAUUUGAUAAUUGUCAUCUGCAUGGAGGAGAUAAACCUGGAGGGGCUAGGGACUCGAAGAUUGGAAAGGUCAGGAUCCGUCUUUCAACUCUCGAAACAGAUCGUGUCUACACGCAUUCUUAUCCUCUACUGGUCUUGCAUCCUACUGGGGUAAAGAAGAUGGGUGAAAUUCACUUGGCAGUUCGAUUUACUUGCUCAUCGUUAAUGAAUAUGAUGCAUAUGUACUCUCAGCCGCUGUUACCUAAAAUGCACUAUAUUCAUCCUUUAACUGUUACUCAGCUGGACAGCUUGAGGCAUCAGGCCACUCAAAUUGUCUCUAUGAGGCUGAGUCGUGCUGAGCCACCUUUGAGGAAAGAGAUAGUGGAGUAUAUGUUAGAUGUUGGUUCUCACAUGUGGAGUAUGAGGAGAAGCAAAGCUAAUUUUUUCAGAAUUAUGGGUGUUUUAGGUGGAUUAAUUGCUAUUGGAAGAUGGUUUGAUCAAAUAUGCCAUUGGAAAAAUCCCAUCACAACUGUUCUGAUCCAUAUCUUGUUCUUGAUACUGGUUCUAUAUCCGGAGCUUAUACUGCCAACCAUUUUCCUUUAUCUCUUCUUGAUUGGAGUUUGGUACUAUAGAUGGAGGCCUAGAAACCCUCCCCACAUGGAUACUCGUCUUUCUUAUGCUGAUAUUGCUCAUCCUGAUGAACUAGAUGAGGAAUUUGAUACUUUCCCUACUUCACGUCCUCCUGAUGUUGUUCGGAUGAGGUAUGACCGUUUGAGAAGUAUUGCUGGAAGGAUUCAGACUGUGGUUGGUGAUUUGGCUACUCAAGGGGAGAGGCUGCAGUCUUUGUUGAGCUGGAGAGACCCUAGAGCAACCGCGCUGUUUGUUAUUUUCUGCUUGAUUGCUGCCAUUGUGCUCUAUGUGACACCCUUCCAAGUUGUGGCACUCUUGACAGGAUUUUAUGUACUGAGACAUCCAAGGUUCCGUCACAAGCUACCAUCUGCGCCACUUAAUUUCUUCAGAAGACUGCCCGCGAGAACGGAUUGUAUGCUAUGAAACUUACCUUUUCCUUAUGUUAUCUUUAUCAUCAUGUGCUUUUCUCUUUGCGUUUCGAAUUGAUGAAAAUGAUGUAAAAAUGAGUCGGGCUCUUUUUGUCCUGCGCCCUUUGGUGAAUGUUAGGUCCUACUUUUGUGUGUAAGAUCUCCCUGAACUGUUAGAUCUAGUAGAUUUACUGUUUAUUCAUUCUAAGUUUGUUGAAACUUCACUGCUUUAAUGCAGAUCCGUAUUUGUUGCCUUGUGGAUGUUUUCUUUUUGAAAAACAUGCUCCAUGAUUAAUUCAAACUUACUCUCUUUAUUCA